GAUGCACAUCACUUUCAUCAAAACAGCAGCCGCCGCACCAUCAUAUCCCAUGAGAACUGAAAUCUCUGAUAUCCACCUUGCACCAAUUUCAAUUUAUUUGUGGUUACUCUAAUUACCUGCUCUUGUUAUGGCAUGAGAAUGGGCUCUACAUUACAGAUGAGGAAAAGUGAGCGCCUUGAAUUUGUUGGCUACACUUGAUUAAUAGGCCCACACGCAAGGACCCAUCAUUCCAUCCUUUCUUCGCCAAAUAUCUCAGAAAUCAAAUAGGGGACGAAUUGAACUCUUGUCCAAAUGGGUUUGGUUAUCAGACGAAUCUCUUGAAGAUUCAUGUCCAAUGGUUGACCCAAACCCAUUCAUUUAUUUUGGGUUAAACCUGUCCCUAAAGUUGGGGUGUUACAAUUCCUCCACCCUUAAAAAAAAUUUCAUCCCCGAAAUUUGCUCAGAACUCAUCAUUCUAUCAACACCCUUCUUAAACUUCCUUCCCACGAUCAUUUAUUUUUACCAUAACAACUUCGUUGGUAACCUUUGAUCAUAUACAUUUCUUUAGCUUGUAACACUCGUGCAACCUUGAGUAACUCACUGCACUUUUCAUUUCACAACUUGACCCAAAAGUGAUGAAAGAAAAUGCCGACUUGACUGGACAUAUUGAUCCAUUCACCUGGUAGUUGUUGUUGAACCUAAAUCCAAAAUCGAGAUAUCCCAUUUCCUCCCCACUUAGAAAAAUUCCGCCCUCGAAAUUUAUCCCUCGUGACUACUCCAAGCCUCUUUGUGGUAGUGCUUUUUUUGCUACGAGAAUUUUUACUUUCUUUAACUUGCACGAUAUGAACUGUAAAUCCUUCUGUCCAACCAUAAGUGGGUAUCAUAGACUAGUAGUUCACUCAUUUCGCACCCCUUGAUACAUUCAUUGAAGGACUAGAUUUGCUAAUUUCUGGACCCCUGUUAGAUAUCCCUUCUCUCAAACCUUCUUCUCGGAUUUAGUGGGUCAUGGGUGCUCGGUUUUAAUCACGGGGUUUGGAAAUUCGUUCCACUCCUUAUGGACCUCCGUUUGUCCAUAAUUUGGCGCCUAGUCUUGGAAAUCUUGUUGUCAUAGUGACUUGAACAUCUGACUCACUUCUACUGUCACUCUAGGAAUUGGCCAAGUGAAACCACUUCCUAAAGCAAAGUAUAGCGGGUUUGGGUUUUAAUGUCAACCUGGGUCCUAGAUUUGAUGACUACUCGGUGAAUUCUUGUUAUCUAGCAAUGAAACUUUAAUGCAAGUCUAAACUAACAAACAAACAAAGCAACUAAACGGUUGUUUUAAGGUUAAGAGAGGUCACCCGGAUAUGGUUCCCCCUAGACUGCAGUUAAGCCGGAUUACAAUUACCAAGUUCAGUUUCUAUGAUAGUUAUACUGCAGAAGGUUCUUAAGCAGUCUGAAGUCUCGAAUAAAGGUCUCCAGACCCUCUCAAUCUGAGUCUCUAGCGGGCGACUAACCUCCACCAGAGUAAACAGAUUGAGGCCCUAACGAACAAAACCUCCACUACCGAAGUGAAUUCGGUACAGAAUAGUGAGUUGGCUCCUCGAAUAAAGUCACCAACUCCCUACCUUCAAUCAAGGAUGCUCUAUCAACCUAGGCAGAUAUUCUCAUUCUAGGUUAAAGCAGAAACAACAGGAAUUUGAUCAGGAUUCAUGCCAUUCAAUCAUUCAAACCUCAAUUGAAUAAAAUCAAAUCAUAGAAUCAGUACUUGGGUUCAUACAAUCAAACCUAACAUACAAAUCUAGGGUUUCCCAUACCCAGAUGAAUGGGAGAACUACUCCAUGGAGAAAGAAGCAAAAGCAGAUUCAGACGCGGAAUUCAUACUGUGAAGGAUGGAUUCCUGCUCCUGGACGUUGAUUGGCACUCCUCCAAGCUCAAGCCAAGCUCCAAUGGUGAUGAAGAUCAAGCUAGGGCACUUGGAGACUCUUGUUCGUCGCUUUCUCUCUCAAGGAAUCACUCUAUCUCUCUCAAACUCCAAUCCCCUUCUCUUUUGGCUGAAAUGUACUUAAAAGGGCAUCACUGGGCAAAACACGGUCGAGGGCACGGCCGUGUUCUGCCUCAGCCCGCCCGUGUUUUGCCAAGGGUUAAUUACACGGCCAGCUUGUUGGUGAAAACACGGGCGUGCUUUUGUGGGGCACGGCCGUGUUUUUCCUGAACCCUGCUCGUGUUUUGAGCUCGUGUUUUUCAACUCAAAUCAGCUCUCGGCAGUAAAAGCACGGCCUAGGAACAUGGUCGUGUUCUGCUUUAGGUGUGCCCGUGUUUUCGUUCCAGCUUCACCGAAUGACUUCUGAAUGCCCCGAAACUCGUGCUUAGCCUUUCUUUUGACGCCUGGGACCUGAAAUAUGACAAAAUAGCACAACCCGGCGUAAAAUAGGCCAAAAAUACACAACGGAUAAGAACUAGGGGCGCAAAUAUGUGCAAUUACAUCGUUAUCAAAUUCCCCCACACUUAACCGUUUGCUUGUCCCCAAGCAAACCAAGUCAGACACAAGGUAAGCUCAAAACAGGGCAUGUCAUAUCGGCACAAAACACGUGGAUCAUACUGGCUUUCGAUCAUUAACACAUGGACAACCUCAAUGACAACCUAGACAACCACCACAGAUGACAUUCGAAUGCAGUAAAAUCGAGCAAAGGAAGAGUCUCCCUUCUGUUCACCAACCAACAUAGACUUGACUCGACCAUUUAUUCAAAACAGUCACUUCAUGCACAAAGCUCAAGAUAUCAGAAUUAAGACCGAGCAAUCUAGGUCCUCACUGGGAUAAAGAGUAUAGAGAAUAAGAGAAAAUGAAUCGCUCACUCUCGACCAGUGGGGUCAGGACAAUUUGAUGCAAAAAAUGCGCAUGCUUAAUCUCUCAAUCCCUAACAUCUCUUCACCAUGAAUGCAGCCUCUAAGUGCUAGAGUUCACAUAUGGGGUGUCACCACUAACUAAUCCGGAGGUCUUAGACACAGGUUCAGAUGACUGGCUAGGGUCUUGGACAUGGGGAAAAGGCUUUUUAGGUGGUGGAAGUAUUCAUACAGCACAAGGUUCCACAUUUCCAAACCCGAUAGACUCACCGUCAAUCAAACCCAUAACUUUCUUUCUGCUAUUCUGCAUUACUCAAAUUCUUCAGAGCACAAGAGCGAAGGAGGUUACAUAAAUGCUAGUAUUUCUAAGCCAGACUGCUAAGAAACACUACUAAAUGGG